AUGAUGGAUAGUAAUUGUGGGUUUAAUUAUGAAGAACAAGUCCUAAAAACUAUAAAUAAUCCAAGGUUUUCGCCAGAAAAGAAGGAAAUAAUAUUGAAACAUUUACUAGUAACAAAAGAAAGUCUUUCAAAUAUUAAAAAACAUUAUUCUCAUGUUCCUUGUAAAUUUUAUAAACAAGGCAAUUGUCAAGCCGGUACAUCAUGUCCAUUUUCACAUUCAAUUGAUAAUCAUCAAGCAUUCAGACGACCUUGUAAAUACUACAAAUUAGGAAUCUGUAAAUUUGGUGAAGAAUGCGUUAAUUCACAUGAUGAGAACGAAAUUUUAUCGUUAGAAAAUUAUUCGAAUUCUUCAGCAAUUUCAUAUUUAGAGAUGAAUGCUACCGAUAAAAUUCACGAUAGUUAG